GCCCAGGGUUGUUGGUGGACUUUCUCGAAAGGUUAUGAAAUUUCCAAGAUUGUAUCAAUGUUUCAAUUCGGUUGAGAUUAAAAGACUUUACAGUGAUAUUCAAGUCGCCGCACGUGCGCUUGUAUAUGCAGAACAUGGUGACCCAUCGAAGGUUGUACAGUUGAUGGAGACUGAUCUUCCGCCUGUAGAUUCAAGCUCAGUGAAGAUAAAGAUGCUGGCAUCUCCAAUAAAUCCAGCCGAUAUCAACACAAUUCAAGGUGUAUACCCAAUCAAACCAGCAUUGCCAACUGUUGGUGGAUUUGAAGGUGUUGGAGAGGUCAUAGAGGUCGGAGGUCAAGUUACUGAGGUCAAACUUGGAGACAGGGUCAUUCCAGCCACAAACAAUUUAGGAACUUGGAGGAGCCAUAUUGUAUGUCCUGCAAAUCAUGUAUCCCCGCUUCCACAAGACACACCAGUAAUGAUUGGAGCCACAGUAAGAGUGAAUGCUUGUACAGCGUACCGUAUGCUUGCAGACUUUGUGGAGUUACAACCAGGAGACUGUGUUUUACAGAAUGCAGCCAAUAGCGGAGCUGGCCAAGCAGUUAUUCAAAUCGCUGCAGCUCGAGGACUUAAAACAAUCAACAUCGUCAGAGACAGGCCGGACUUUGAUAAAUUGAAAUCCUAUCUUGAAAGUCUUGGUGCAACUGCUGUAGUAACAGAAGAAUCCCUGAAGGGAAAAGAUGCUGCAAAAGUUUUCAAGGAACUCCCAAGACCUAAACUUGCCCUAAAUGCUGUGGGAGGAAAGAGUACAAUAACCUUGAUCAAAUUAAUGGAACCUGGUGGCACAAUUGUUACAUAUGGUGGAAUGUCAAGACAACCAGUCUUAGUCCCUACUGGCUCAUUAAUAUUCAAUGACGUCAAGUUUGUUGGUUAUUGGAUGACCAGGUGGCAUGACAAACAUGCAAAUAGUAUUGAGGCUAACCACAUGAUCACACAACUCUGCCAGUGGGGGAAAUCUGGUCAACUGAGGGCGCCAAACCACAAACUCGUACCGCUGUCCGACUUCGCUUCAGCCCUGGACGCUGUCUUACAACCCUUCACUUCACAAAAACAGAUUCUGAGCUUUGACACGUGAAAUUUACCCCAUCAAGGUAAAAACACCAAAACAGCUUUUGACAAUAUGUUAUUUCCCGAUAUUUUAUUAUAAUCACUUUUCUUUAGAUUAGUUUAACUUUUUUUGAAUUUUUGAAUUGCAAGACAAACAAGAAAGUUGGGUGUUGUUGGUUAUUUUGAGGUCUUCUUCAUCUCUCCUUUAAUCUCAAACGAGCAUCAAGGCUGGAGGUUAGCAAAACCCUAACACAGGCUCUCACGCUUUGAUUGGUCUCGGCUCUGGUUAAAACAUUAAGGUGUGAUGACUCGAAAACAAAACCACAGCAUUUAUAAACUUGAAUGUGUUUCAAUACCAACGUGUGUUUAAUCUUAUGGAACUUACAAUAAUAAACCCAUAGUUUAAUACCAAGUGAAAUAAUCUCUGAAAGAAAUGUGCAUAAUAUAUUAAAUAAAUAACGUGAAACAACUUUGACCUACUUAAGAGGAUAAAUUUAAAUUUGUGAAUUAAAGUCUCAUGUACAUCCAUUGUAUUAUCCAAGAA